AUGGCACACUCUAAAACUGCCAUCUUGUCUGUUUACGACAAAACCGGUUUGUUGGACUUGGCUAAGGGCCUUGCCGCUGCCAAUGUCAGAAUCUUAGCCUCUGGUGGUACCGCCAAGUUGGUUCGUGAGGCUGGUUUCCCAGUUGAAGACGUUUCUUCCAUCACCCACGCUCCAGAGAUGUUGGGCGGUAGAGUCAAGACUUUGCACCCUGCUGUGCACGGUGGUAUUUUGGCCAGAAACCUUGAGAAUGAUGAGGCCGAUUUGGCUGCUCAGGGUAUUGAGAAGGUUGACUACGUUGUUUGCAACUUGUACCCUUUCAAGGAGACUGUUUCCAAGGCUGCUGUUACUGUUGACGAGGCCGUCGAGGAGGUUGACAUUGGUGGUGUUACUUUGUUGAGAGCUGCUGCCAAGAACCAUGCCAGAGUUACUAUCUUGUCUGACCCUCACGACUACGCCGUCUUCUUGGAAGAGUUGAAGGCUGGUGAGAUCUCCUCUGACACCAGGAACAGAUUGGCCCUCAAGGCAUUCGAGCACACCGCCGACUACGAUGUUGCUAUCUCUGAUUUCUUCAGAAAGCAGUACUCUGAGAACAUUUCUCAAUUGCCAUUGAGAUACGGUGCCAACCCUCACCAGAAACCAGCCCAGGCUUUCGUUUCUCAGGGUGAAUUGCCAUUCAAGGUUUUGGGUGGCUCUCCAGGUUACAUCAACUUGUUGGACGCUUUGAACUCCUGGCCCUUGGUUAAGGAGUUGUCUGCUUCUUUGAACUUGCCGGCUGCUGCUUCUUUCAAGCACGUCUCCCCAGCCGGUGCUGCUGUUGGUUUGCCUUUGAGCGACGUUGAGAAGAAGAUCUACUUUGUUGAGGACAUCGAGAACUUGUCCCCAUUGGCUAACGCUUACGCCAGAGCUAGAGGUGCCGACAGAAUGUCUUCUUUCGGUGACUGGAUUGCUUUGUCCAACAUUGUUGACGUCCCUACUGCUCAGAUCAUCUCCAAGGAGGUCUCUGACGGUGUGAUUGCCCCAGGCUUCUCUGACGAGGCCUUGGAGAUCUUGAGAAAGAAGAAGAACGGUAAGUACUGUAUUUUGCAGAUUGACCCUAACUUCACCCCAGAUGCUAUCGAGUCCAGACAGGUCUACGGUAUCACCUUGCAGCAGAAGAGAAAUGAUGCCAUCAUCAAGGGCUCUUCUUUCAAGGAGAUUGUCUCUAAGAACAAGGAGUUGACCGAGCAAGGUACUGUUGACUUGACUGUCGCUACUAUUGCUUUGAAGUACACUCAGUCUAACUCCGUGUGUUACGCUAAGAACGGUAUGGUCAUUGGUUUGGGUGCUGGUCAGCAGUCUAGAAUCCACUGUACCAGAUUGGCUGGCGAGAAGGCCGACAACUGGUGGUUGAGACAACACCCAAGAGUGUUGGGCUUCAAGUGGGCUAAGGGUGUCAAGAGACCAGAGAAGUCCAAUGCCAUCGACUUGUACGUCUCCAACCAGAUUCCUAAGACUGAGCCAGAGAAGAGCGAAUACGAGUCUAAGUUCGCCGAGCUUCCAGCUCCUUUGACCGAGGAGGAGAGAGCCGAAUGGUUGGGCAAGUUGAACGAGGUUGCCUUGUCUUCUGACGCUUUCUUCCCAUUCCCAGACAACGUCUACAGAGCUGUGAGAUCUGGUGUCAAGUACAUUGCCGCUCCAUCCGGCUCCGUUAUGGACAAGGCCGUCUUUGCUGCCGCCGACUCUUACGACAUUGUCUACGUCGAGAACCCUAUCCGUUUGUUCCACCACUAA